UCGGUUUACCGCGAAUAAACUUCUAUACACUGCCAUCAAUUAGUGUCUUUAGCGCAUAUAACGAGAGAGGCGAUAUCAUGUAUUGGAGCUAGCGCGAAAUCAAACACCUACUGCAUCGGCCAAAUAUUUAUAUUACCGAUAAAUUAAAUGUUCAAUCAACUUAUCACAUCGGUAUGCUAGUGAAAUGACGAGUAUCGGAACUGCAGAAAAAAUUCGGGUUUGAGAACAAAACUUAGUAAUGCAUACCUUAAAAUUUAUCUUCAUGGGCCUUACCUGCAUUUUCACAGCUAAUGGUCAAAUACAAGAAAGUCACAGCAAAACUCUCCCCGACAAAAUCACCCCCAUAGAAGACAACUCCUCUUCCUCUCAUGAAUUGCAUCAAGAAUACCCCAAUCACACCGCCCCAACGGAAAGACCCAAGUGGUCGGAGUGGAGCUCAUGGUCCAGAUGCAAGAAGUGCGUCCAACAACGCAUGAAAAUCUGCUUGCUGACCCCCUGCGACUAUACGAAAAUCUACCAGGAGAGACGGUGCGGGAAGAAAAAAUGUACGCGUAAGAGGAAACGAAGAAAGGACGAGUUUCAUGUGGUGUUGCGAGAGAAGAAAAUAUCACCCAGAACAGGAGAUCCAACUAUUUGGAGUGGCUGGUCAGAGUGGUCAACUUGCAGCCACAACUGCAGAACUUACAGAAAAAGAUAUUGUACAAAACUGGGGAGAUGCAAGAAAAAGAGGGAAAUUCAGAAAGCGUAUUGUUACCGUGGAAACACUGAAUGCGAGAUGUACGUUUUCAAUCUCAUGCAGACUGAGAAUAAGUAUUCAGAUAGCAAAAUGUACACUCUGCAUGAUACCGCUGUUCGCAGAAGAAGAUUGCUAAACAACUCCCCAAGUUGUGGUUUGCAAUAUAAGAGGACUUACAUGCUGAAAAUUAUUGGUGGGAACGAGUCUCCAAGAUACAAAUGGCCAUGGCAUGUGGCCCUCAUCAAUCAAUACGGGGAAGUUUUUUGUGGCGGCACCCUGAUAGCGUCAGAAUGGGUGCUCACAGCGAGCCAUUGCAUCCGCAGUUUCCUCAUAGUUCGACUGAACGAACACGAUUUGACCUACACCGAGGGUAGGGAAUUGGAACUGUUCAUCUCCAAGUCCUACCAGCAUCCAGAAUUCAACCAAAGGACUGUGAACGGUGAUAUAGCUUUACUUCAACUCCCAUUCCCGGUCAAGACACCAAUAGCCUGCCUACCACACAGAAAACCCCAGCCUCAAGAACUCUGCUCCGUCAUGGGAUGGGGUAAGACGAGAUCUUCAGCCAGACGAGGCGUCACAAGACUCAGAGAAUCAAGGAUCCCAAUAGUGGAGGAGGAUACCUGCAAGUGGGCUUACAAGGAGUUGCCAAUAACCGACAACAUGCUUUGCGCUGGAUGGCGUUCAGGAAAAUCAGACACUUGUGCUGGUGACAGUGGCGGAGGCUUGAUGUGCACGCAAAAACGUACCAAAAACGGCGGAGUUGUGUACGAAGUACAAGGAAUCACCAGUUUCGGUAAAGGUUGCGGCAGAAGAAAUAAAUACGGGAUCUAUACCCUGGUGUAUAAUUACCUUGACUGGAUCGAGUAUAUUAUGGGUAGAUACAGUACCACAAAAUGACAUCUGUGUUCAAAUCACGAAUCAUCACAUGGGCAUUGUCGGAAAUAACCGAAACUCAUUAGAUACGAGAAAAUUGGGAGCAUUUUUUACUUACACAAGCAUACGAAGUAUUCACCCGAAUAUACAGGACGAUUCAGAACUCUAGGAGAAAAAUUAAGGGACUUUACAGGUUUUGAAUCACCCUGUAUGUAAAUACAUUGUCUUUGCAGUUUUUUCAUUUGUCGGACAUGUAUUUGCAGCUUCCCAAGUUGUGACUUUUUCCUACCGAUUUUUCCAUUAUAUUAUGUAAAUAUUUAAUACUCAGAUUCAACGAAAGUGACUGUAAAUAAAUUAGAAAUCCUUGCACUAAAACUUUUAAUAAAGAAAUAAUUAACUUAA